CCUCUGGUCCUAUCAGCGGCUACUGGCGGCCACGCCUGCCCGCAAAGACAAUGCCGGUUGCGUCAGCCCAGUGAAAGUGUCUGGGAGGUCAGCGCGAGCCGACUCAGACCAGUUUUUGUGAUCCUCAUCACCGACCACCAGAGAUGCUGGGGUACCUCAUGGUGGCGACCCUGGUGGUCGUGGCGUCCUGCCGACCGUACGACCCUGACGACCCCUACCUGGACUCCGUGCUACUCGGCAAGGACGUGGACUUCGAGGCGUUCUACCCUCGAGAGGCGUACGGCGUGGAGAACGGCUCCUCACGACCGUCUCACGGCCACGCCAGCUUCUACCAGCACCGUAACCCCGCUCUCGUGGACGCAAAGAACAGCCCAGCCUACGGCUAUCGUUUCGACGGGGGUCGACGAUUCAAUUUCGACGACUGAAGGCCAAAUAAAAGCGCUUACUUCUG